AUGCCGGGCACACCUGGGAAAAGUGAUUUGCCACCAACAAAAACAAUAAUUGUGUACAGGAACGGAGACGCCUUCUUUCCCGGAAGGAAAAUAGUUGUGAAUCCGCGGCAGGUGUUAACCUUUGACAGCUUUUUGACCUCGUUGACCACGGGGGUUGAAGCCCCGUUUGGUGCCGUGAGGAAGCUGUACACUCCCGUAGAAGGACACAAAAUCCAGCAUUUGGAGGACUUGAAGCACGGGAGUGUGUAUGUUGCAGGCGGAAAUGAGAAGUUCAAAAAGCUGGAUUAUUGUGAGAUAACAGCCAAGAAGCCACAGAAUAAGAAAAAAGAGCAGAUCCGACCUGUUGUUCACAGCAGAUUAGUAGUUUCUGCUCGCUGGAAGAGAACUACUGAUGAGUCUUGCACAAUAAAUGUCUUUACCAAUGGCGAUGUCUUGGUGCCUCCAGCCCGAAUACGGAUCCCAAAGUACACUCUCAGAAGUUGGGAAAAUGUUUUAGCCAUGGUGACAGAGAAAGUGCGUCUUCGAACUGGUGCUGUGUACAGGCUUUGCACAUUAGAUGGACACCCUGUCUGCAGUUCUAGUGAGCUGGAGAACAACCAGCACUAUGUUGCAGUUGGUGCAGAAAAGUUUAAAGCUCUCCCAUAUGACCAUUGCGUUGCUAAGGAUUUAAUCAGGGGAAACAACACAGUCGAAGGCCAAGACAUCCUGCCUCCUAUAAGAGAGACAAGAAACCCCAAGAAUGUGCUGGCUCACACAGGCUUUCGAGAGGACCUUGAGCACACAGCCAGGGGCCAGAUGAAGAAACACACAGCCAAGCCGGAGAGAACCAAACAACAGAGGCAGGUGUCCAGAAACCCAGUUCUCUUCUCGACAGGGGAGGGCAGCGUGUUCAAUGCACAAAACAAAAGGAGUGAGAUAGCAGGAGCAGCAGAGGUGCAGGAGGACAGCCAGUUGAAGGUGGACCUACCAAUUGAUCAGGUUGAGGCCAAGAUAGUUGAAGAGGAGUAUGAAGAUGGGAGUUGUUCUGCGAGUCCCUGCAAGGCCCCACUCCAUGAUUCAGACGCCUCGUGUGUGCAGAGGACUUUGUCUGCAGGUUCCAGGAAGGAUGUAAGUGAGGCUAAAGAGAAGGAGGUGUCUUCUAGGCUCGGCAGAAUACGGUCACGGAUGUCCUGGUUUUUCAAGGAUGACACAGAUGCAAAGCAUAACUGGAGACUCAGAGCCAUAGAGGCGGGCUGUGUGGGAUGUGAAAGCAAAUGCAAGUGA